AUGAAAUCACAAUAGAACUUUUCCAUUGUUUAACACAUGAAAGCGUACUUUUCAGACGAUCUACACACUCUUUAAAAAGAAUCGGAAGGCCUAAUUCUAAGCUAAAACAGUAUUAAUACAAAUUUACUUUUGUUGCCUGAUUUGAAAUCAAUAAUUUUCAAUGAAAGUGAUUUACUAAGACUAAAUGAAGAAGGGCGAUUACAGAGUGAGUCAUACUUAAGGAGUGUUUCUACUGAUACAUCAAGUAUUUAAAAAUAGAAAUUUAGGUAAACUACCCAUAAUUAGAGACCAAUAAGAUAGUGAUAUAUCAGUUUUUUCAGAAUUCAACGAAUUUUGA